AUGGCGCCCCAUCUUGAGAAUACUGCGGUGUUUUGGAAUGCCCGCUCCCUUUUUAAGAAGACGCAAUUUUUACGCAAUUUUAUCGCCAGCGCACCACCGUUGAUCGUGGGACUCUGUGAGACUUGGCUUGCAGACGAUCUUUCCUUCACAGUGCCGGGGUAUUCUGUCUAUAGACAAGAUCGGCCAGUACGGGGUGGAGGGGGACUUGCCCUCUUGGUCAGGGACUCAGUUCCCAGCUCCUUGCUCCGGAUUCACUCCUUCCCGGGUGGACAUUUAGAAUUCAUGGCAGUGAAGGUCGCCCUCUCCCAUGGGUGGGGCACCUUUGGAGUUCUGUAUAACCCCUGUCUACCGGUAACGAAGAAGGAACUAGAACACUAUUUUGGUCAGAUCACAGACACCUGCCUCGUCAUGGGUGACUUUAACGCUCGGCACUCAUCAUGGCAACCCAUGCUAUCGGGUCGCCACCACAACAUGGCUGGCCGAGCCCUAUUUCAGUUUCUCCUUGACUCCCCAGACCUCUCCUUACUGACGCCGCCAGGUUUGGGAACUCGGAUAGACCCGCUAAAUGGCCAUUCUUCAACACUCGAUCUUUGCAUUGGAAGAGGCCCCUUCACGAUGGCGCAGAUAUGGACCGGGCCGUACCUGGGUAGUGAUCACCUGCCCAUCGUCAUCUCCUUCGGGGGCACUGUUCGUCCUGCUCUGACCUCCCGUAGAUCCAAAUGGAUCUUCUCGGAAGAGGGGUGGCAUGGCUAUGAGGCGGAUGACUGGUUGACCCUUCCCCCAGUUACUGCAGAUCUCCAUGGGUCAGCAGAUGCUCUCUCCGAGUCCCUCUUCAGUGUAGGCUCUCGGCAUUUCAGGAGGACUAGUGGCCAGACAACCAAUCCUUCCCGCCGUGGGGCACCGUGGUGGACUCCUGAAUGUCGGCAGGCAGUACUGGACCGGCGACGUGCGUGGAAUUCGUGGCGGCGCCACCCUACUCCACUGCAGCGGCAGACCUUCCGCAGGGCGGACGCCAGGUGUAGACAAACAGUCCUCCUUGCCAAACGCAAGGCCUGGGCUGAUUACUGUGCCUCUCUCCGAUUCGACUCCUCUGCGGGAGCCUGGGCCUUUGUUCGUAAGAUGACAGGUAGGUACUCCCGGCCUACCAUCCCACUCAGAGACCCCAGUGGUAAUGGGGGCCUAGGGGAAGUACAAAUAGCCGAACUCUUGGCUGACCACUUCGAAGAUGUUUACCGUUCCCCGCUCCUCUCUGUGAGUUCCAUAGGUUGGGGCUCCCGACAGGGUAUAGGUCUAGCUCAGGACCUGGAUCGCCCAUUUACAUCUGUUGAGCUGAAGGACGCUCUGUCACUCUCUAGGUCGGGCACUAUGCCAGGGAGGUUAUCUUGA